CCCUUCCACCCGGCCAGAGCUGUGUUGGUAGCUGGUAGGCAGGAAGCUAGCUGCUGGCUAACCUGCCGUGCUACCUCCUCCGCCUCCGAAGGCAGCUGAACGGAGCCGUGAAUGAACCACGCACUUCAAUGCAUCCCGUGUGGCCGCGAUGGCAGCGACAGAAACGGAGGAUGCUGAAGCUGUUUGGUGCUCUGGUUAUCCUCGGACUGGCCCUGGCGUGCAUCACCUCCUGGGUGCUGGACAGCUAUGACACGGCUUGGCACCCUAAACGGAGCGUUCAGCACCCGACUGUCGGUGAUGGAGCUGAAUCUAAGGGGAGUUCUCCACCAUUUCCCGGCGAACACUUGAACAAUAUAUUCUGGUUUGUACAGGUGUCCGAUAUUCACAUUAGUCGAUUUCAUGACCCAAGGCGCAUCCCAGACUUUGAAAAGUUCUGCACCGACACCAUAGAGGUGAUCAAACCAGCUCUUGUGCUUGCAACAGGGGAUCUGACGGAUGCUAAAACAGAGAGUAAGGUGGGAUCCCUCCAGCACGAGGUGGAGUGGCAGGCGUACCACAACAUCCUAAAGAGGUCACGUGUAAUGGAGCGCACCAAGUGGAUUGACAUCCGCGGAAAUCACGAUGCUUUCAACAUUAUUUCACUGGACAGCAUCACCAAUUAUUACAGGAAAUACUCAGCCAAUCAGAAAGUAGGCUCUUUCCACUAUGUUCACACGACCCCCUUUGGCAACUACUCCUUUGUCUGUGUGGAUGCCACCCUGACUCCAGGCCCCAAGAGGCCGUACAAUUUCUUUGGUAUUCUCAACCAGACUCAAAUGGACUUGCUGGACACGUUCAGAGCUGAGAGUCUGAAAAGCAACCAGUCGAUCUGGUUUGGCCACUACACCACCUCCACCAUCGUCUCUCCUUCUUCAGGAGUACGAGACAUGAUGAGAUCUGCAGUUGCAUAUCUGUGCGGCCAUCUGCACACUCUGGGUGGCCUCAUGCCUGUGCUGCACAGCCGGCAUCCCCAAGGCACUCUGGAGCUGGAGCUGGGCGACUGGAUGGACAAUCGCAGGUACAGAGUUCUGGCCUUUGACCAUGACCUGCUGAGUUUCUCUGAUCUGAGGUUUGAGCAGUGGCCUGCAGUGCUCAUCACGAACCCCAAGGAUGCACAAUAUCUGCACCCAGGGGUGGAGCCACUGGGUCGAAUACGAAGGUCGACGCACAUCAGGAUCUUGGCCUUCUCAGAGGCCCCAAUCACUGCGGUGCAUGUGAGUGUAGAUGGGGAACCACUGGGGAAAGGUCACUCUGCUGGAGGCCCCCUUUAUGUUCUGCUAUGGGAUCCGUCUCUUUACCCCACAGGACUGCACACAAUCAGAGUUAAAGUGGAGGACGCGGCAGGCCGGUCAUCAGUGCGGGAGCAGCACUUUACUCUGGAGGGAGAUCUGACUCCUACCUUCGGCUUCGUGCAGUCUUUCAUCCUCCUCACAGAUCACUAUGUCCUGGGCCGUGUGGCCUUUAUAUUCAUGAUGCUGCUGAAUAUUGGUGUUCUCAUGGCCUUCAGGUUUAUGCCUGUUCUCUCAGGCAGAGGAUUGACCUCUCAAGUGUGUAUGUCACUCCGCUUGGUCAGUAAAAUAGACACUUUCUACUACUCUCUGCUACUGUUCAACCUGUGCACGGCCUUAGGCCCGUGGUUCAUAGGAGAGCUGAUUGAUGGCCACAGUGGGGCCUGCUUCGCCUUUGGAGUGUUCAUUGAUGGACAUUUCCUAGAGGGCAGUCUCACCUAUGUGGUUGGUGUCGUUCAACUCCUCUUCUUCAACAUGCCCCUCACUUCUUAUCUCUGCUGGAGCCUCCACCACCGUUGCCGUGGCAACACCUUCCGAUCCCACUUCCUGCGGCCGGGCUGCCGCUGGAGGACUCUGGCUGUUCACCUAUUCAUGCUGCUCCUCCUCACCUGGCAGGCCCAUUCCUGCUACUUCCUCCUGGAGACCUAUGGCCCCAUGGCCUUUUUCCUGUCUCCUGUGCGCACGUGGGCGUUAGUGCUCAGCCUGCUAUUGGUCUACCGCGCCUGGACAAGCCCCGCCUCUCUCAUUCGUGACACAAGCAAGAGCGUCUCUCUCUCUUGACAGUAAUUGCACGGUACCGCCGCUGUUUCCCCUCAAGCCUGACUCUCAGAUAUAUUUUGCUGUCUCUAUCCACGGCGCAAGCCUCAGUUUUCCCUGCAAAGCAGCCCCUUCCUUUCUUUCUUUCCUCUAUCCGAAGCCACUUCACAGUACAUCACUCACUAUCCUGUUUCUAGAUAGUGUUGUUUACUUAAUAUGCAUGUUGUUGUAAAUCACCGGCGAGCACAUUUCUGGCCAUAUUCAUAGCAAUCUGUACAGUGUAAAAAAAACAAUCAAAAAAUACCUUUGAUACUAAAGGGUAAAUUAGCCAAUCUGAGCUAUGUGACAGACUAGUCCAACGUAUGCUGCUGUUGACAGUAUACUGUAUUAGAGUUGUAUUCCCCUGUGGUUUAAGCUGAGUCAUUUACUUGAGAUUUAGCACUUUUUGGAAGUGUUGCCUUGGCCAAAAUGCCACUUCACCACUGCCAAAGGAUGAAUAAGAAAGAUUUCACCUUUCCUUUUCUUCUUCUCUCCUUAAACCCAUUUUCAUACGCUAACGAAGGCUGGAUGUGCCAAAAUGAUCCUUGUGGUUUCCUUCUGAUAACAACUCACGUGCAUAAGAAAGGAUUGAACCACCUUUUGUAUGCUAUAUCCUUUUCCUUUUACAUCUUGUGAAGGUGACGCCAGUAGUGGAACCUAGACGAUCGUAUUCUCAAGUUAAUUUUACACACAAUUAUUACAGAUAAUCACAUGAAGGGAAGUACAAAUUAAUCAAGUACUGUAGCUGAUGUGUGUACAAGAGGUUUAUGACUGCUAGUUUUCAAGUCAAACAACUGCCAGUACUGUUCAAUGUUCACAUUGGAAUAUUCAUAUCAAAACUCUAAUGCCAGUCUUUACCAAAACACAGAGAAGCCGCCUCCACUUUUUUCAUGUUCCUUCAAACAUGACUACAGAAAGCAGCUGUUUGUUUCUCAGGAAUGUGAGCAAUUGAACAAAAAGCUGGUCCAAGUAGUACUUCAGGACAAUGUUUUUGUACUCCUAGAGUAGCUCAGUAAACUAAACCCGCAUUAAACAAUCCAAAUGUGUGGUGGCUAAAAAACAAAAAAAACGAAAUGAAUGUUUUAAUAGCUUUGGUGAAAUGAGAUGAGCCAGCGCUAUGCUGUUUUGUUUUUUUUUUGUUUUUUUUAAUUUAUUCAUUGUUAUUCUAUUGUGUGAUUUUUUUAUUUCUCCCCACUGGUGUUUUAAAUCUGCACUGGAAAGUAUUCUUCAUUGUCAGGAUGAGUGUGGUUGAAAAGAUUUUAGAGCAUUCCUUGUGUUUGAAGUCGAUCUAACUGAUCAGCGUGUGUGUGUGUGUGUGUGUGUGUGUGCACGUACAAACAUGUUUUCUCUAUGUUGCUCAGAUUGCUAAUCUGUGGGAACUGUAAACUAAGUCUUUCAGUCCUUUCUAGUCAACAGUAGCAGUCGCCUGGAUUCUACAAGAACUCAUCUGAAGUACAGAAAUGUGUUGAAAGACACAUUAAGUGUUUUAUUUUCUUUUUUUUUUAUCCUCAGCCAUACACAGCACGAACUGUGGGGAACUGACCCUCAUGGUUUAAUACUAGAACAGCUGCCAGACACUAAAUAAAUGAAAGUAUGAUAACAGUGGUUUAAUUACUUUUUCCACCCCUUUCUGCACAGACAAGUCUUCAUUUGAAUAGGAGAACCACCAAGUGUACAAACAGGAAACAGAUGGAUAUUUAGAAAUUAUGGACUUUUGUUAUUAGGGAUUUCUUCUCUAAUCACGCUCAGUACCUCAGUCAAGCUGUGUAAUCUGUCCACAAGGAGGCAGUGUUGAAUGAAUAUGGAUGAAUCAUGACUGCUGCAUUUCACUCUCACUUUAAAAUUAUGCAUGGGAAUGUUUUUUUGUUUUGUUUUGUUUUUGAACAAAGCAUCAGAACUGUGUUUUUAUUAAAAGACGGGUUUAUUAGUUUAAUGGCGCUAAAUGAUUAUGGUUAAUAAUGAGUCUGGAUGUGAUUGUUCUGUACUUUACACAAGAAAAACUGACAAUGCCUCCACAACCAUUUCAGCUCUUACAAGGAGUAUAUUGUAAUGUGUUCAAACACUGAAGCAUAUGAUUGAAUAGAUGAGGAUUUUACACCUGCCACAUAUUUUUCUUGUGACAACUGAAAUUAGAGCCGACCACUAUUUUAUUUUAUUAAUGGUUUCUAGUGCUGUGAAAUAAAAAUGUUCAUUAUAGUAAA